AUGGGAGAACUUCCAGCGGCUCGUGUAACUGUAUCAAGACCAUUCUCCAACACCGGCGUGGAUUAUUUCGGUCCAGUAUACGUUCGGCUGACACCGCGUAGAGCUGCUGCGAAGGCGUAUGUGGCAGUAUUUAUCUGUAUGUGUACCAAAGCGAUGCAUCUCGAGUUGGUAACGGAUCUAUCAACCGAAAGAUUCAUUCAAGCAUUACGCAGGUUCAUUGGUAGACGAGGAAGGGUUACUGAUAUCUAUUCGGAUAAUGGAACCAACUUUGUCGGUGCCCGUAAUCAGAUGAAGCAAUUGUUUGUGCUACUGAAAAGCAGAGAACAUCACGAGACGGUAGCUAGGGAAUGCACCAAGGACGAAAUUCAGUGGCACUUCAAUCCUCCGAGUGCUCCACACUUCGGAGUUCUUUGGGAGGCAGUGCUGACAUUUGAAGAUAUGAACACACUUUUAGUACAAGUUGAAGCUUGUUUAAAUUCAAGACCGUUGACUGCAAUGUCAGACGACCCGAACGAUUUGGAACCGGGAUUUUUCAUCAGUUCCAAUAAAUAG